AAAAAAAGAGGAAGCUUUUGAGGUUCUGAACUCCUGAUGAAUGGUGUAGCUAAUGAGUAUAUGAUUACAGAGUUAUAAAAAGAAACCAGGGUGUAAGUGUUUACUCUUGUCCUGGUGAAGAGUUUGUGCGGUCAUGAAUUGAGAAUGUCUCUUAGAAAUCCUCCAUAUGAACCACCCUCUGUGUCAGAGCUGCAAGAAUUCCUGCUGACAGACAGAAAACCUACAGGACAUGUCAAUCAAGUUUGGCCUAACCUUUACAUAGGCAAUGAGGUGGCAGCUCGUGACAAAGGUGUUCUCCACAGUUUGGGGAUUACUCAUAUUGUCAACGCUGCUCAUGGACCAGCCAAUCCCGGUCCAGGACCCUGUUUCUACGUCAAGACAGGCCAUCGCUACUACAGAGAGAUGUCAGUGGAUUAUUAUGGAGUGGAGGCUGAUGAUGCAAUAGAUUUCAUCCUCAGUCCAUAUUUUUACCCAACAGCUCGGUACAUCAGAGCUGCACUGAACAUGGGAGGACAUGUGUUUGUCCACUGUUUGAUGGGUGUGAGCCGUUCUGCCACUCUGGUCCUGGCCUUCCUGAUGAUUUGUGAGGGUCUUCAGCUACAGGAGGCAGUGGCUGCUGUAAGGCCACAUAGAGACAUUUGUCCCAACCCAGGCUUCCUACAGCAGCUCCGCAGCCUCGACAUGAGUCUGGAGAGGGAGAGACGAAGGCGACAGCAAGCCCAAAAACUAGGUCACAUAACCCAGGAGGAGGACACACCCUCUCUGAUAGAGUUGAGGCAAAUGAUCUGGAGCAACAGGAAACCAGUGGCUCCUGUGAGUCAAGUGUGGCCCAACCUGUACAUCGGGGAUGAGUCUAUGGCACGUGACAAAGCAACACUCUCAUCCCUGGGAGUAACUCACAUAGUGAACGCUGCAGCAGGUCGACACAGAAUCCACACAGGUCCACAGUUUUACAAUGACCUUGAGGUAGAAUACCUCGCUGUGGAGGCUGCAGACCAUCCUGAGUUUAACCUUCGUCCUUACUUCAGUUCCUCUGCAAAUUUCAUUGAAAAUGCUCUGAAUAAUAAUGGUAAAGUGUUUGUCCACUGUGCCAUGGGUGUCAGUCGCUCUGGGACACUGGUUUUGGCGUAUCUAAUGAUCUGCCAGGGCCUGUCUCUGGCAGAAGCCAUUAUCGCUGUGCGUCUAAACCGAGAUAUUGGACCUAACUCUGGAUUUCUGGAGCAGCUCAGACAGCUGGACCUGAGCCUCAGUUCUCAGGGUCGACAAAUCACAAUUGUUUUCCAGGUACCAGAGUUAAACCAUGUCAUCCUGUGCGGUGAAGUCCAGGACGAAAAACCCAUAUGCAGCAGUGCAGGUGGACCCAGACAGUGACUAUAUCACACCUGGAACAUUAGACCUGGAGCAGCUGUUCUGGACCGGGACUGGGGCUCAGUAUGCACAUGUAAACCAGGUCUGGCCCAGGAUCUACAUCGGGGAUGAGAAGACAGCUCUGGAGGGUCCAGGCCUGAGGGACUUGGGCAUCACACAUGUCCUGAAUGCAGCGGAGGGGAAGUGGAAUAACGUGCUGACUGGUGCUGAUUACUACAGUGACAUGUCCAUC